AUGCUUGACGUAUACGACUUCCGGGAGGACAUAUGGUUGUGCCAUUCACUCGGAGGAAUGUGCUGGGAUGCCACCGCCUUUGAGCCUGCCAUAGGUACCAUGAGGGAGAUAGAGGCCUUUCUUGUAAUGAACCCGUCAGAGGUGGUGACACUCAUCCUCGAGGACCAUGUCAAGUCUAACCGUGGCCUCUCCAAGCUGUUCAUCAAGACAGGCCUCACCAAGUACUGGUUUCCGGUAUCGAGGAUGCCACGGAACGGGGAGGACUGGCCCCGGGUCAACGACAUGAUCAAGCUGAACCAGUGUCUCCUUGUCUUCACCUCCAACCGAUUCAAGGAGUCAAGUGAAGGAAUUGCGUACCAAUGGAACUAUAUGGUCGAAAACAUGUAUGGUGAAGUCGGAAUGAACUCUCGUGCCUGCCGCAACCACUCGGAAUCGGCUGUCCUAGGCGACAGAACUAAAUCAUUGGUUCUUGUGAACUAUUUCCGCAUGCCGCCGGUCCAAGGGACAUCAUGUAUGGAGCACUCACGAGGGCUCAUGGAGGUGCUCCACACGUGCCAUGCUGCUGCCGGCAACCGUUGGGCUAACUUCUUGGCUGUGGAUUACUACAAGCGAAGCAAUGGCCGGGGCGUCUUCCAAGUUAUGGACAUGCUCAAUGGGAUGUUAAUCUGCGGCCAUGAUGAUGUGCAUGCUUGCGGCAGGCGGACAAGUCCACCCUUAUCUUGUUGGGUCGCGCUAACUGCCACACGUGUGGCAGGAAGGGAGAUGCACCACACAUCUCUAAUGUAA